AUGGACGCGUUCCCUCGCUUUUUCCAAGACGCCGACCCCCUGGCGGUCCCCGACAAGCCGUCGCGGGGCCAGGCAGUCAAGAUGCUGCACCGCAUCGCGUCGAGCGCGGCCAGAGCGCCGCCCGUGGAGCGCAGCAUCCUCGCGCAGGAGCGCUGCGUGACGCGGCUCAUCCAAGGCAUCGGCCUCGCAGGAUCGGCCCCGGACAUGCUGUCAGCGGCCGCGACGUUGCAUCCGGGGCAGGUGGCCUCCGUCGCGUGGUCGCUCGCGGCGCUCGGCGGCGGCAACCUCUUCCAGGACCAGAUGACCGCGCUGUGCCGCGGCGCGCUGUCGCCCGACGGCGAGCCCGGCAUCGUCGCCGCGCUGUCGCCCGCGCAGUGCGCGGACCUCGUGUGGGCCCUCGGGGCAGCGCGGCACUGGGACGGGUGCCUGUCGCGGAUCGCCGGGCGCCUCGCGGGGAGCGGCAGGGGCCUGGGCGCGCUGGGGCCGGGUGGCUUGAAGCCGAGCAAGCUCACGUCGCUGCUGUGGGGCUUUGCAGCGCUGGACUCGCCGCCACACGCGCUGCUGCGGCUGCUGCCCGAGGGCUGGGAGGGCGUGUGCGGCACCGGGCUGGCAGGGUUCACCGUGCGGCAGCUGGCGUCGCUGGCGUGGUCGCUGGCGGUGAUGGAGCUCGAGCGCUCGCCGCAGGGCGACGCGCUGUGGCGCGAGCUGGUCGCGCGUGGCGCGAGCGAGAUGGAGGGGGCGGGCGAUCGCGCGUGCAACCAGGUGUGGCAGUUCGUGGCGUGCCGGCAGCUCGCGGCGCACGGACCGGAGGCGGAGGGGUGGUUCACGGCGGGCCUCGAUGCAGAGGAGGCGGGCGUGGCCGAGGUGGCGGCGCGCGCGUGGAAGGCCGGGCCCGGGGGCGCGAAGACAAGGACCCAACCCUCGAGAUAUCAAGAACACGUGGUGCACGCGUUGAUCCGGGAGGGCAUGACCGAUUUCAAGGAGGAAGACGUGAGCAUCGGUCUGUCGGUGGACGUCGCGGUGCCGUCGCUGCGCGUCGCGAUCGAGGUCGACGGCCCGACGCACCUGGCGCGCACGACAGGGCGGCCCCUGGGGCACACGGCGCUGAAGCGGCGCAUGAUCGGCCUGCUCGGCUGGACGCCGCUGCCGGUCACGGGGCAGGAGCUGGACGAGCACAGCACGACGCCGGAGCGCGCGGCGCUGAUUCUGCGGAAAAUGGAGGCCGCGGGCGUCUCGCGGGUGUGA